AUCCCCGAGCGUGUGAAUGAAUGUGUGCGAGUAGCUGGGCAUGCGGAUUAAAAUCCUGCGCGCCCUGCGGUUCGGUUCAGGCGUGUCCCGAGCUCCCCGGACGGGUCCUGUCAGCUGAGCGUGUUGCGGGCCCAUGUGGUUCGGAUAGUUCCAGAAGCAGAGCGACUCGUCGGGUUAUUCAGUCCGGUUUACAAACCGCUAAGAGACAUUGAUUACCGGGGCGCUGACUCUCACACACACAGAGACUGCCUAUUAUUAAAAACUAACAAGAAAACGGGAAUAGGAUUUGCAUGCCGUUCUGCAGUCACGACAAAGAAUAACAACGCAGCAGAGUCAAACGAGCGACAUUCUGUAACCUGCCAUUUCCAUUAUCGCUUUACUCAGCCAGUCCCAGAGCCAGACACACAACUAACCCGCAGACAUGAUGCUCAGUGCGGCCAGAACUGCCUCCCAAACUCUCCUGCAGACCCGGGCAGCCUGCACAAGGAGCGUCGCCUCUCUCGCCAUGAACAAGGGAUGUUGGAACGGACUGAGUCGAGAUGUUCUCAGAACAGUAUCCAGACGUGACUAUGCGUCAGAAGCAAUCAAAGGGUCAGUUAUAGGCAUCGAUCUGGGAACCACCAACUCCUGUGUGGCGGUGAUGGAAGGCAAACAGGCAAAGGUCCUGGAGAACGCCGAGGGUGCCCGCACCACGCCCUCAGUUGUGGCAUUCACUGCUGACGGCGAGAGGCUGGUGGGGAUGCCAGCUAAGCGCCAGGCUGUCACCAACCCCAACAACACCCUGUACGCCACCAAGCGCCUCAUCGGACGUCGCUUUGACGACGCAGAAGUGCAGAAAGACCUUAAGAACGUCCCCUAUAAGAUAGUCCGUGCUUCUAAUGGAGACGCCUGGGUGGAGGCUCAUGGGAAGCUCUACUCCCCCAGCCAGGUUGGCGCCUUCGUCCUCAUGAAGAUGAAAGAGACAGCAGAAAGCUACCUGGGUCACAGUGUGAAGAAUGCUGUGGUGACAGUCCCUGCUUACUUCAACGACUCCCAGCGACAGGCCACCAAGGAUGCUGGCCAGAUCUCCGGGCUCAAUGUGCUGCGUGUCAUCAAUGAGCCCACCGCUGCUGCUCUGGCCUACGGGCUGGAUAAGUCCCAGGACAAAAUCAUCGCUGUGUAUGAUCUGGGAGGCGGGACCUUCGAUAUCUCUGUCCUGGAGAUCCAGAAGGGUGUGUUCGAGGUCAAGUCCACCAACGGAGACACCUUCCUGGGAGGGGAGGACUUCGACCAGGCCCUGCUGAGACACAUCGUCAAGGAGUUCAAGAGAGAGUCCGGUGUCGACCUCACCAAGGACAACAUGGCCUUGCAGAGAGUCCGGGAGGCUGCUGAGAAAGCCAAGUGUGAGCUGUCCUCCUCCCUGCAGACUGACAUCAACCUGCCCUACCUGACGAUGGACGCCUCGGGUCCCAAGCACUUGAACAUGAAGCUGACCCGCUCGCAGUUCGAGGGCAUCGUGGGCGAUCUGAUCCGCAGGACCGUGGCUCCCUGCCAGAAAGCCAUGCAGGACGCCGAAGUCAGCAAGAGCGAGAUCGGGGAGGUGCUGCUGGUCGGGGGCAUGUCCCGCAUGCCAAAGGUGCAGCAGACAGUGCAGGACCUGUUCGGACGCGCCCCCAGCAAGUCUGUGAACCCCGACGAGGCCGUGGCCAUCGGAGCCGCCAUCCAGGGGGGCGUGCUGGCCGGGGACGUGACGGACGUGCUGCUGCUGGACGUCACCCCCCUGUCCCUGGGCAUCGAGACCCUGGGGGGGGUCUUCACCAAGCUCAUCAACCGCAACACCACCAUCCCCACCAAGAAGGGCCAGGUGUUCUCCACAGCAGCUGAUGGACAGACGCAGGUGGAGAUCAAGGUGUGCCAGGGAGAGAGAGAGAUGGCUGCUGACAACAAGGUCCUGGGGCAGUUCACUCUGGUUGGGAUCCCCCCUGCACCCCGCGGAGUCCCCCAGAUCGAGGUGACCUUUGACAUUGACGCCAACGGGAUCGUCCAUGUGUCAGCCAAGGACAAGGGCACCGGCCGCGAGCAGCAGAUUAUAAUCCAGUCAUCUGGCGGCCUCAGCAAGGAUGACAUUGAGAACAUGGUGAAGAACGCAGAGAAGUACGCUGAGGAGGACAGGAGGAGGAAGGAGCGCGUCGAAGCUGUGAACAUGGCCGAGGGGAUUGUUCACGACACAGAAUCUAAGAUGGAGGAGUUCAAGGAACAGCUCCCUGCCGAUGAGUGCAACAAACUGAAAGAAGAGAUCGUCAAAGUGAAAGAGCUGCUGGCCAGGAAGGACUCUGAGACGGGUGAAAACAUCAAGCAAGCUGCGAGCACCCUGCAGCAGGCAUCGCUCAAGCUCUUCGAGAUGGCCUAUAAGAAGAUGGCAUCUGAUAGGGAGGGCAGCAGCGGCGGCAGCAGCAGCUCUGGCAGUGAAGAGAAGAAGGAGGGGCAGCAGUAGAGCCCCUCACCACGCUGAAUUGCCCUGGGGCAUCCACACCUGGGGGCUGAAGAAGCUUGGGCGCGCAUCGACCAUCUGCUCUCCUGAGCGAAUAACACGCACGAGUCAUUCUCGUAUACUGUGUUUUUGCAGUAUUCUAUACAUAGCUGUUUUUUCUGUUCUCUCGUAAUUGUGUAAUUUAGUAGUUCAGAAGUAUAUCUUUUCAGCAUUUUUAAAGAUGUUUUCUUUUUUUUUCGUCCUGUUGUAAAAAUGAUGAAGGUGGUAAUUAUGGUACGUUGUCUAGAAUGUCGCUUGGGUGAGUUGCACUCAGGAUAGACCUCGCUUUGUCUGGUCCUGUCUUUUGCAUACUUCUGUUUGAACUUAAAUUAUUUAAAACCACCAGAAAGGACUGUAACAGAGACACUGCGAGGAGCGUCACAAGGUGUGGCCGUUUCUGCCCCUGUCCAGCUCCGAGUCUGCAGCAGCAGCAGCAGCAGCAGCAUCAUAGUAACAAAGAAACAAGAAACUGAGCUCCAGAUUCCUGCCACAUUCACACGUGAGCUCUCGCAGCUGCUGCAAUACUGCCCUGCAGUGCAGCUCUAUUACCAACAUGUGUCCCUCUCGACCUGUCUCAGUUACAACUCUCUUCUUUAUUGUACAGUUUAAGAAACUGGAUUUAUUAAAAUGAAUAUAAUGUAAGACCAGCUGUCCACUAUAUUAAUGCUGGUGGGGUCUUUAUGGGAAAGGUGUGCUUGGUGACAGGCUUUUCAUAAAGCAGCGACCGUCCUUCUGUACAGGGUGAUUUAUAAACGCCAUGUCAUGUGGGAAGCAUGGGCAGCAGAACCCCGGCAGUGCCUUGUCACAGGGCUGUUCCUUUAUCACAGUCUGGGAUGCCUGCUGUGGUCUAUGCACGGUCUGGCCUGUGAUCAGUGAAUGUUCCUGUACUUAUGGUGUGUUUGUAAAUUGCCAUGUAGAAAAAAAGGGAGAGGGGGGAGAGGGAGGGGGUUCUGGGUGCUAAUCUGAACACGGAAUACUGUUCUAUAGUUUCCUGUGAUCCCUCUUUCUGCAAGGAUUAGUGCAGCUUUAUCCCACACAUUUUAUAAAGACAAAGCAUGUGACCGCUCUUAACAUGAAAGUGAAGCUCGUCUCUGUGACAACAAUCUGUUUAGAUUAGAUAUUCUGCAAGAACAUCCAUGUAGUGACAUUUUAUUUAUAUAUAUAUAUAUAUAGAUGCACAGUUUUCAAAAUGCAGAAAUCACUAGUAUGAAGAAAGGCAGUUUCUUUCUAGUGCUAAGAUAAUUCCUUUGUGAGUGUUUAAAGGUAAAGCUGAGCAGAAAUAAUAACUGAUCUCUAAGUUUCAGUUCCUGCUGCACACUGCAGGGGCCCCUGAGCUGCUGAAGGUUCAGAGUGGGGUUGUGGCUGGGCUGAGCUAAUGGCUCUGCUUAUACAUUAACAUUGACGAGGGGGUGAGGUCUAAGUACCGUGUUGGGAGUUCAGGAGUCACGGAAUCGCAUCCUAUUCUUCUGCAACAUUACAUAGUAACAAGAUUGGUUUUUUAAUAAAAUCUGAGAUUCAAACUCUUGAA